GCAGCUUAUUUAUAUUCGUAAACAAGAAGAGAAUAGAAAUGGGUAUAUUUUUGCAUCUGUAGUGUUAAUCAGAGAGCGAAAAUAGUUAUUAAACUUUCACAAUUGUGAUAAUCAAAGCUACUUUUAUCGCAAUUUUGUUCUGAACUGUGCCGCUGUGUGUAAAAAACGUACCAGAGAAUUAUAGAAAAUGAGUGAUAAGAAUCUUCCAACUAUCAACCAACAAGCUCUUCUUGAGCAGUAUUUGCUUUUAGCCAAAUCUGCUAAAGGAGCUGCUGCAGUUGAAUUGAUAAAACAAGUCCUUGUUGCUCCAGGAAUCUAUGUGUUUGGUGAACUUCUUGACAUGCCAAAUAUACAAGAGCUGAAUAACUCAACUCAAUAUUCCCCAUAUUAUCAACUCUUACACUUGUUUGCUUUUGGUACUUUCAGCAAUUAUAUGGAAAACAAGUCAUCAUUUCCAGAAUUAACACCUGCGAUGAUUAAUAAGUUGAGGCAUCUGACAAUUGUCUCAUUAGCAACAAAAGAAAAGUGCAUUCCAUAUUCUAAACUCCUUAAAGAAUUGGAUAUGAAAAAUUUACGUGAGUUGGAAGACCUUAUAAUUGAUGUGAUUUAUGCUGAUAUAGUUCGGGGGAAGCUGGAUCAAAGAAAUAGCCGGUUGGAAGUAGAAUAUACAUUAGGAAGAGAUAUUAAACCUGCUGAUAUUGAUAUUAUUUUACAUGUUCUUCAAGAAUGGUCAGACAGCUGUGAAACUGUUUUGAAUAACAUUGAAAAUCAAAUAAUCAAGGCAAAUAACAUGAAAGAUAAUCACCUUAAGCUUAAGCAACAAAUUGAAACUGAGGUAUCUAAUAUCAAGAAAAAUCUUAAAGCUCAAUCUCAAGAUAGCGAUUCUGUUGAAGAGAUGCGUGAAGUUAUGCAAAAUGAUAAACCAUCCAAAAAGAAGCCUAACACUAAGGGCUUGGGUUAUGCCAUAGCGGGCUAUAGUCAAGUCAGCUAGGACCUUGUUCUCUACUCAUGUGUUUUCACUACAAAGAACUUUCAGUGUGAUCCUAAUCUUAUGAUGAUGAAACAACCUCAAAUGCACUUCUUUUAGAAGAGCAUAAACUUUUUUGGUCUAACACAUGACUUGUAACAUAAAAAAAAAAAAUGAUAUGGACUUGCUUUUACUAGCUUAUACAGGCUUUCAUUGAUUUAUAAUUUUGAAUUAAAAAAAUGUCUUAUUUGACUAUAAUGUAAGUAUUUCUCAAUUUCAUGUGAGUUUUUAUUUCUAUGGUAUUCCAAAUCUGUUAUAUAAUGCAAGUUGAUUCUGCAUAACCUUUUGAAGCUAAAUUUUCACCAACACUAUUUUAGAAAUUUAAGAAUAAUUUUAUAAUUUCAUAUAUACAAUAUAAUGGAAAUUCCUGUGUUUCAUAAAUAUAUUCAUUUCAAAUGCUAAUGUAUGCUGUAACACUU